GCCCUCCAGACAGAGCAUGGAGCCCCUCCCGCCCACCGCACUCGGCCACAAGCCCAAAGCACACGCCAGGACGGCCACUGCCGGCACGGCAGCCUCAGUCCAGCCGUCGGUGAGGCCGUCCACUGGCGCCAAGGGCACCGCCAAGUCGGACCUGGAGAUCGAUGUCUUCAGCGGCACUGUCAAGAAAGACGACAUCUACCGGUCGGCCAUCAGUCACACACAGAGACAGAAGGGCAGGCUCUCAUCUGUGUGUAACUCUCCUUGGUUCGCGCAGGUUUGUGGAGAUUCGUGCUGGGGAGGAGGAGGCCGUUCGUCUGCUGCCCUUUGCCAUCCUCUUCUUCCUGUCGUUCAUCCUGGCUGUUCUCUAUCACGAGGACGUCUCACAAGUCUUCUCUGUCGAACAAACGUACUCACUCACGCAAAUUAGCAGUACCACAUUAGGAGUACUCCAUGGUGACGGGCUGCUCUGCCGUCAGGAUAGCGGAUGGUGUGCGGCAGAGUGAGUUUGAAAAGGGCAAGACACUUCUGCAAGUCACCACAGAAGGUACAUGACGAAUGGGAGACACGUCAAUCUGUUUGUUAGUCUGUCUUUCGUCCAUCGAUCGUCUUGUUUGUCUUCGCAGAUCAGUUUUGGAAGUGGCUGUCCAUCGGCAUGAUCAACACGCUCUUCAAGCAGACGGAUGCCUUUGGCAACGUGCUGCCCGCCAACCAGUGGGGCCGAUACGAGCGAUACAACCAAAUCAUCGGAGGUGAGACACGCACAUAUACAGUCCGCCUUCAUUGAUGGCGCCCAGACGGAGCAACCCGUUGUGUCAGGUGUGAACCUCGUCCUCGAGCGCAGCAGCGUCAACAAAUGCAAGAGAGACGAACUAGAUCGGUGCGCGUACGGAUUCAGAAUAACCCUUGGUCGCCAUAGUAUGUGCCAACGAAGGGUUCUCCUUCAGGUUGUUUGGGUGUUCGAAUAGGACAGAAUGCUGCCAUGACGAGGGCACGAGAACGACAGGCAACUACUAUAGCGCAUCGCUGGUGCCCGACGUCUCGAGGGCAUUCCCCAACAUAGAAAAGGCAGAAGGGUUCAAAGUGAGCAGACAUCAUCCAGAUGUGCAUGUCAGCCUCCGUUAUCCUUCCCUUUUGCUCAUGCAGGCUGAUUCCGAUGGUCGCUACGUGUUUUGGAUGGACAGCAACAAGCCUUUGGAGGAGCUGAGGAACCGCAUCAUCUAUCUCGCCGCAGGGCAGUGGGUUGAUCUCUCAACCAAGGCGGUCACCGUGUCGACACUCAUGUACAACGGCGAACUGGGUCUCUUCGCAAAACUUGAUGUCACAUUCACAGUAAAGGCCACUCCAAUCAAUUGUCACCUCCACGAAAGUACCUAUUGACUCUUGUUGGUUGAACAGUUCUUCCGUGGCGGUAGCGUGCAGCCACAGAUUGACCUCGACACAGUGCAGGUCAGUGAGCAUUCCAUCCCAUAUCAUUCGCUCGUCGCAUUCGCAUGUCUGUCCAGUCUGAUCCCUACAAGGCCCGGCCGUGGAUGAUCGCCCUCGACGUCCUUUUCCUCGCCUGCUUCAUGACAUGUGCGGUGUCGGUAUUCCGCAGCCUGUGGGCCAUCAUGCAGGUGCACGGCAGGCAAAAGGGAUUCAAAGUCCUCUGUUGCGAUUUCUGGUGAGGAGGAUCAAUGCUGACUCGGAAUGCUCGCAUGUGCAUUUCUGUGCCUUGGCGAUUGCAGGAACUGGGUGGACUGGCUGACGAUUGGUCUUGGUGUGGCGUACAUUGCCACUUGGAUCACGUGUGUGGUGACGGACCAGGCGGCCACCAAUGUGCUGGUGGAGCUCAGCCGCACAUACAAGGAAGUCGGCAUCGGCAGCAGCAAAUAUGAACACAAGCUCAGCGACGCACAAGACAAACUCCAGGUGGGUCACCUCGGUGCAGCAAUCCACUCGCGAAUACAUGCUGUCCCUCUUUUGUGCUUUGCAUCGCGUGCAGGAUCUGGUCAACGUUUACCUGGAGCAUCGGACGGUGACGGCCUUCAUGUCUCUGCUCAUGGGUGUGCGAUUCUUCCAUGCAUUCCGCAAGCAGCCGAUGCUCAGUGUCGUGACCAAGACGCUCUCGGCGUCGAUGAAAGACCUCUUCCACUUUGCCAUCGUCUUCUUCUGUGCGCCAAGCCAAACCACACAGGGCGCCUCAAACGUGCGUUCAUCGAUCGUCUUUGCUGUUCAUUAUCCAUUCUGUAUAGGUAUCUUCUUCUCGUGAGUGGCAGAGACAUGAAUCGCUGCCAGCGGCAAGAGACGCGGCGAGUCGCUUUCGCUGUUGUGUAUUCUUUUGCCAGGCUGUCGUUCAGCGGUAUGCUAACGUUCGGCCACAAAGUGCUGUACUUCAACACCUUCAACCAGGCCAUGACCUCAUCCUUCCUCGUAAGGACGUCACGUCAGCCACAGACAUGCACGUGAUGCUCAUCGAUCCCAUUGUUGCGGUGAUGUCAGUUGAUGAUGGGAUGGUGGCAGUGGGAGUGGCUGCGCGGCGUGGAGGCCGAGAGCACCACCAUGAUGUUCAUAGCGAUCUUCUACGUCAUCGUGCGGCUGAUGAUGGUGAACAUUCUGCUCGCCAUUAUUAUCGAGUCGUACUUCAGGGUCAGAUCCAAGGUGGCCGAGGAGUACACCCUGUGGAAUUCUGCCAUGUCUCUCGUUCGGUGAGCAUGCGUCGGCUCUGCAUAGAUGUGUAUCUGUGCCUGUGUGUGUGUGUGUGUGUGUGUGUUGUGCGCAGUCGCUUUUGGCGGAAGCACAUGUCUCACAUCAAGAUGGAGCGCCUCUUCGGCAAAUAUGACGAGGAACUGCCCGAGGAGAUCAAUUUUUUUCAUAUAUCGCAAGUGUGGCGGAACGCACCAUCGACACAGCACAUCCGCGCACAAACUCCACGAGACCCUCUGCUCUUUUCUUUUAUUCUUUGGCACUCGAUGGUCUCUCCUCUCUUUUCCUCUUCCGCAGAGACCACGAGACCCGCAGAGCGUGACGGAUGGUGGGUGCUGUGCUCCAUGCAAGUCUAAGCCUCUGUCUACUUACUUUAUGUGCGUGUGUCAUCCAUGCAUCCAUCCACAGAGCGUCGGCCCAGCCUGACAUCGCUGGCCAAUGCGGGCCAGGUGGCCGGCAACCGGCGUGUGUCGACCGAAAUGUUUUACUGGCAGCAGAAGCAGGCCGUCGCUGGCCAGGCCAACAUCAACCCAGAGGACGCCGAGCUCAAGAUACCCUCUCCUGUGCCACCAGAACAGGCCAUGGAAAUACUCAAUGGGUGAGAGGCCACGGGAGAGAGGAGGACAUGUGAUUGUCGACUCGUGUGUCGUGUAUUUGGCUUUUCAGAACCGUCAAGUGGACUCACCACAUCGAUUCGCAGACCAACCUGACGGUGUCGGAGGCCCUCGUGAUGUUCGGCUACAACCACACGCUUGUCAUGAAUGUGCAGGUCCGUAGCAAGCAACGCAUCGAUUCAACACUCCAACACGCAGAAUCUUCUCGCCUUGCAUGAUGUGUCAUCCAUGAGCCCGACAGAACUCCGUGGGCUUCUUGCUGGCUCGGCUUGAGGCGCUGCGUGUGGGGCUGGGCGUCUCGCCCAGCCACCUCGACACACAGGCCGACCGCGCACACACCAUGCUCACACUCCCCAGCACCAUCGCGGGCAAGUUUGCCGCCAUCGAAGAGGGACGAGAAGAGGAUGCUGUCACGCCCAUGGCAGCAGCUGCUGCUGCAGUUCCAGCUAUGGUGGCAGAGGACCUGCUGUUGAGUGCCAUUGCAUCCCUUCCUGACGUGCAGCAGCGGCCUCUGAUGGACAAAUACCACCGUGGCGAGCUUGAUGGCCUCAAACAGACGCUCGACAGCAUUCCCGCAGACAAGAGACACGGCUUCGCGCAGGGCGCCGUGGCGACACUGGCGAGUGUCGCCGAGGAGACAUUUCACGUGGACCACCAGCCACCGGUCAGGCUGCACCACGAGUUCGAACAUCGCUCUUCCGCCCCUGCCUCGCCCGUAUACGUGAUGCGGACCGAGAUUGCUGGCCGGUUUGGGAGCACGUUUGCGGCACAGCGCAGCGACUCGUGGGUGUGUGACGACGCGGUGAGUGAGGACCUGCUGGACGGAACUGCCGUCGAUUUCAUGACCAGCAUCUACCUUGACGCCUCCAACAUGCCGGCCACAGCCAGCCAGAGGGGCAAGAGGCCCAGUAUGGUAUAGGGAGGGGGGCCAUGAAUGUGACAAUGCCUGUAUGUUGAUCGCAUUUAUGACGGGUCUCUGAGGCCAUGCUGUGGCCGUGGGUGUGCAUGUGCCUCGUGUGUGUUGUGUGUCGAUGUGGA